UCGACAAAGCUACCUGGAUCCACGACGGCCACUUUCGACGGCAGUAACCACGAAGACACCAUGACAACACGAUCACCCGCAUCGUCCUCGACGCGGCUAUCCACCGCUGUUCUAGUUGCUGCGGUAUUUAUUCUUCUUGCCACACAGGUAUGCAGCGAAGCUUAUUACGGCAAGCUUAUCGGCAAGCUGUCGGAACUUCAUCACGGCGUCAGCGGUGAAGUUUACGCCGUGGACGGGCGAACUCUGUUCAUCAAGGAUUUCACGUACGACGGCGAAGCACCAACUGCCUAUUUCUACGUCGGCAAUACCAAGAGUCCCAACGGUAAUGGAAUCAGGCUUCGGGACGAGCGUGGAUCAACGGAAACGCUGAGGCGGUACCGGAGGAAGAGCAUCACCCUGACGCUUCCGGACGGAAAAACUCUGAACAACAUCAAAUGGUUCGCCGUAUGGUGCGACGAAUACGCCGUGAACUUCGGAGACGUCAGGAUACCGCGAGGAUUCGAUUACCCAAAACCUCAAAAAUUGGCAGCUCUCAGCGGAGUGCACGGAGUCAGUUCAGAACCGAUCGUCGUGGUGGACGCCCAAACGCUCUUGAUACCGAACUUUAGUUACGAUGGCGAAGCACCGGACGCGAAAUUUUGGGUGGGAGCCGGACCAACACCGUCGCCUCAAGGUAUCCGUAUUCCCGACGAGAACGGAAAGGUGGUACCUCUCCGUCGAUACGAUCGCAAGACUAUCGUGCUGACGUUGCCCUCGGAUCUAACGAUCCAUCAGAUCGGCCAUUUUGGCGUCUGGUGCGAGGCGUUCACCGUCGACUUCGGCCACGUACAAAUUCCGCAGAGUCUUAACGUGCCACCAUCCCUAAAGAUGCUCGGAGUCUCGCCGCAGUCAAAACUGAACUGUGAAGUUCUGGAGGACAAGCUGGCUUUCGAGGUGCGAUGGGCCGUGGCCGGAGACAGCAUAGUCGCCCAACUCGUUGGAAAACUUGAGGAUGGACAGUACAUGGCAUUCGGACUGUCUGCGGAUCCUAAAAGAAGUUUGAUGGUUGGCGGAGACGCGGUAGUCGCCUGGGUCGAUAAGCAAACACUUCAAGGAUACGCCGUCGAUUAUUUCCUGGACGCCAAAUCCCAAUGUUCCGGUGGACAGGGUAGCUGUCCCGACACACGCAUACAAGAGAACACGAAUUCCAUCCGAUUGUUGAACGCAGCCCUGGUGGACGGAUAUAGUAUUGUCACGUAUCAGAGGCUACUGAAGACGAACGACGAGCUGGACCAUCAAAUCCUGACAAACGACUCGCAAGCGAUCAUCUGGGCCAUCGGUCCUCUGAACGAGAGGCUAGAGGUCAGCUUUCACUCGGACUAUUUGAAAACCGACCGCUUCAUCGACUUUGGUCGACCACCGGUUUGGAAUUGUCCCAUUCCAGAGCACUCGCAAACGCUCGUGGAUAACGAGGAUAAAGGCAGCGGAAAUCAGCUAGUAGAAGUGACUACAAAAAGACCGCCGCGUGCACCAGCUACACCAGCACCGGCACCUAAAAAAGAUGCAUGGGAGAUUCCACCUAUUCAAUGCUACGAACCCGAGGACGGUGUGCUUUACGCGCAAAUGGGACCAACCGGAGGAAAACACGGCUAUCCCGCGAUCACUGGUCACGUCGGUUGGGGUAUCUCGUGGUACAUAAAUGGCCUACUGAUUCCCGAGAUCAACGUUGUACGCGGAACAAAGUAUACUUUCGUGGUGGAAGGCGGCGAGAAUCCUGAUACACCUGCUCGUUAUCAUCCCUUCUAUAUUACCGACGACCCUGUCGGUGGAUACCAACACAAAACGCCUGAAGAGAAAGCCAAGGUAAAAAUAUUCGCGGGUGCACAACGUCAGCGCGGUGUGUAUCGACCAACGGGUGUAGGUCGUUUGUGCAACUGGGUACCGGACCAAAGUCAACCCCCCGCCGACGAAUUCGCGACGUUCGGUGCUUACCAACGUACGUUGACUCUGGAAUGCGACCCUGGUGAACCAGGUAUCGUGACGUGGACUCCCGACGAGAACACACCGGACACCGUGUACUAUCAGUGUUUCACACACCGUUACCUGGGCUGGAAGAUCAACGUUCACGACAGCUGCGAAGCCGCUGCGGCUGCCAGCGAGCAGCACGAGGUUUACGCGGCGCCGGAAAAUCAACGACCGAGGAUCAAUGCGGAUCUCGAGCACAGCCCCAGCAUCCGUGUCCCGAGCAAGGUAACGCCAACGGCGGAGUUUCUUCAGCAACAUCUUCAUCAACCCUACGAUAACCCACGACCACUGAGCCCCGGGACGAAAUACGCUUAUCCGGUUGCCAGCAAUGCGCAGAUCCAAUACCCUAGCAGGCCGUUGUAUCACCAUUACGCGACCAAUUACCACCACCUUUAUCACCUGCCACCUCACCACCAUUACAAUCGCUAUCAGCCAGAACAGAGGACUCAACUGAUGAUGAUCAAGAGACCGAUGAUGAGUCGUCGACCGAUGUUGCAGACCGCUCACUCGAUGCCGCAGCCAAAUAUGCCCAGGCCGAUCUUUCUGGAACGAAAAAAGUCCGUCUACGCGCCAGCCACCUCCGUGUUCAGAAGAAACCAAGAGAAAGCGUCUUCGGCGAAUGGCAAUUUUCAGGUCUCGAAGCUGAAGAAAGUUGACCCGAAACAGUGGAGCAAGCUAGAGGCUAAAGUUUCCGACGCGAACUUGCCCAACGCCAACGUCUUCUCUACUCCUAUGAAACCAGCCAGGAACACGGGCUUCGAUCCAGGUUCCAUAGUGAUCGAGAAUGGUUUCAAGCCGAUCAUCAGAAAUUUGGAGCAACCGGCGGACGUGGCUGAAAAGAGAUCUUCCGACAAAACGGAAGACGAUGUCCGAGAAACUUUGAAUCAUAGACCUGUCGACAAUUUUGAACCAGUUUUCAUACCUUCGCCACCCGUGCCGACCGUGAACACGGUAAAAAGAUCGAAGAAGAAAAUCGCGAAACCUCGUCCGAGCGAGUUCGAGGACAUGGAAAUGGCUGCUGACAGGAUGAACGCUUAUUACCUGCCUCCGGUUCCCAGCACGAUAUCCAACGAAUCACCGUCUUCGUCCUCGUCAGAGGUAUUGAUCACGUUCGACGGAAAGAGACUGAAAGACCGUGGCUUGGCCAGGUCGAUUUCCGGGAUCGAAGAGCAUUCCAGAAGCACGUUAUCCUCGGAUGUGCUCAGUAGAACCCCGCAAUUCGGGAGAUUCAAAGGGGAACUACCGCCUCUGAUCCCUGAAGAGUCUCGUUCUCGGCUCGAUAAACGUCGUCCAUCGUUCGCGGACUCGUCGCUAUCUGAAACAACGCCGACAAAGAACACGAAAUUAAUGCUCGUGACGAGGUCGAAGAGAUCUCCGCACGAGGGACAUGUGCACGCGAUGAACAGCUCCGAAACGAAUCAUCACGAUUACCACGAUCAUCACGAUCAUCGCGAUAAUUCGAGUUCUCUGCUCGUUAAUGCUGGCCAAACGCUCAUGGCUAAUUUAGGAUACAUCUUUCUGACUUUUGUCUUCUACCAUAUUAUUUGAACAAAUUGGCUACCAGGUGUGUAACAUUGUUAAGAAGAUUCAACGAUUUAACAUUCGGAGUUAUCGAUGUUAGAGAUUUUGCGAUUGUGAAUGUUGUUCCGAAAAACCUUUUUUGCCACUGUAAUUAGUUUCGUCAACAGUUGUUUUGGAAUAUUCGUUCUUUAGAAUACCGUUCACGUCUCGACAACUCCAAUAGCUAUAACUCCGAAAUGUCGAACAGUGAAAGCCUCAAGAUCUGGCAUUUAUCGGGGACAGAUGUAAAGGAUGCUAGUUCUGGACAGCAGUUUUCAGAAGCUUCUGCGAGGAAUUAUUUCUUUUUUUUCUUAACCUGUUAACUGGGUGUUUUCUUUUAACACGUUGGCCGUCGCGGUAGACGUAGUCGUAUCUAUUCAGUAUUAAUCAUUAAAGAUAUCGAACAUUUCAAAAUUAUUGGCGUACUCUUAAUAGCAUUCAGAACUGUCCAACUUCCAUACUUUUUUUAAUUAUUUGCUAAAUUAAACUCGUCCAUCAUCGCUUGUAUUUGGAAUUCUGAUCCACUGUGCAUCGUGGCGACCAACGUAUUAAACAGCAAAAAUUGAUUUGCCCCUUGCGCGUGUAACAAUAAUUUAUGUUGUAAACGAUUCAUGAAUAAUACAGGACUUUAUCUUCCGAUAUAAGCGUAAUAACAUCGCUAAAGGCAGGAAUCUUUCAGGAUUUGCAUUAUUAGAUUUUAUAUGUCUUUCAGUUGAAUCCAGGUUAACAGGUUAAUCACAUUUGCCACGUUUUAACGCAAAAUGUACGUGACUUUGUGGAUUAAUAGACAAUGUAAUCGACGCGAUAACCCGGGAGAGGAAUAUAACUAACCACAAAAUAUUGAUCCAUGAUUUACUUAUUUAUUCAGUUAUUUAUUCACGAAUUAUUUGCCCUUUUAUCAUACGAGAAAGAAGCUUCCAAGACGAGCAAUAGUAUUGGAUAAAAGACAAAUUUGUGUCAUUUGCGCUCAUCGGAUCUCCAGCUCUGUAAGAGUAUAAUAUACCUUUGUUACAAGUCUUUUUUUUCUAAGUUUUAAGUCUCGAGGUGCAUGAAAGAAGAAUCUUAUCGUUCUACGUGCUACAACUUCGUUGUGCUCUAGUAUAUACCUGUACAUAAGUUGAUUGUUAAUAAAUUGUGUAAUGGAUACAAUGUUCCUCCCUUUAUUUUUCUUGCCAUUGUUGUCUCUGCAACGAACCGUAAGAAAUAGAAAAGUUGAGAAACGGAAAAGGAAGUAUAAUGUCAGCGUCAUGUUGGACUAAAAUAGCAAAACAAUUUGUGAGUAAUUUGUAAUCAACAGGAAAGGAAUUCCUUUAUGACUCAACGAUGACGGCUUCUUACAACUUUAUCAAGCGGUUAGUUGCAAUCAUCAGCGUUCCAUUCUUCUUGAAAGAUUCAAAACGAAUAUUUUCUAUUCGUUUAUUUUAUUUAAGUAUCGAAAUAUUAAAAAAAACUGUCGCGCUCAUGAGAACACGCGAUGGAUAACGAUUAUAAGAAAGUGCAACGUUAGACGUUAAGCAAUAGUUUAUUGUAUAGAAAAAAAAGAAAAAACAAAGAAAUCUUACAAACAAAUCAGCACACUAACUACUGUACACAAUCGUAUAAUUAUAAUAGAAGAACGUUACGAGCGACGAUCAACCGGUUCAGCUAAUGGGUUCGAUCACGUUUGUCGAUUGGAACACGGUAAUCAAGGGUACGCUGUUGUCCCUGAACAUUCACGCCUUUCUCGGAUAAAAGUGAAAAAGGUAACCGCUUACGAAUCGACAGCUGUACCAAUAGUCCACCUGUCGUUAAAAAUUUUUGUUAAUCGAACGUUUCGAAGCAAAUGUCAUCGAUCAAUUAUAUUCGCAUUUACAAUUUAGAUGUUUCGUUAACUGUCUGAUAACAUUCUUCGACGGACCAUUACAAAAUAUUCCGAUUAGAAAGUCUAUGAUUCGUUCGAAAAAAAAAAUACAUUAUCAAACUAUCUAGAUUCCAAAAGCGUGGAAUCAAGUUUUUUUUCUCAAAAAAUCAACAAACUCCACACGAAUAUUGGCCGCUCCUUUUUGGCCACGAUUUGACUCGAUUUCGUCUUAAAAAGUAAUACACGCAUUAUUACAUACACCAUUAUACAUAUUCUAAGUCGACGAUGUAUUUACAUAUAUUACACAACUUCUCCUCUAUUCAACGAUACAAAUUCCAGUCGACGAGUUCAAAUGUAAGGUGUAUCAUGAAACAUACGAAUUCCACGAUCACAGAAUGCUCCUUGUCGAAGAACGUCUCUAAAACUUACGAUCGCUUAUAAUAGUCGCAAAACAGUCGCUAAAAUUUCGUACAUAAUUCGUUUGUUACCGAUUUUCAUGCUUUCAAAGAAUUAUUAUCCUGUCGUGGUUCGAUAUUAACUUGGUAUUUCAAAUUGAUAACAACGAGAAUUCGAUUACUCGUUAAUGCUUAUGAUUACACGACUUUAACUUUCAAUUCUAGUUACUUUCAACGCGUUUCGUGCUUCCUAAGUAGCUCAUAAUGUUAAUUUAUGGCAACGAACUUGACAUAGUCGCAGUCCAGUAAGCAUUAAGAUACAAUAACUUGCUCGACGAAACGCGCCGAUAAUUCGAUAAGAAUCGUUAAAAGGCCUUGUUCCAUGAACCAACAAUACAAAUUUGGUACCUGAUCAGUCAAAAUUUCAGAGAACAGUAAGACUCUCGUUAUAUUGCCACCUUUACCCGAACUCCUACGCCACCGUAGGUAUCCACGUUUCAUAUCGCUACGCGUUCUAUGGCCAUCUACGACAAUAUAACGAAAAUCUACUCUACUUAAUAACUAGUUACGCGGCUAAUUAAUUGAAUACUAACGAUAACGCCAAAAGACACGUUCUUCAGCGAGGUUAAUCUCUUUGCACGAUAAUUUCAUGCUGCAAAGUUUAUACCUUCCUUCCUUUUUACAGUCUAGCAGACAACUUUCGCAAAUAAUACAGAGAAGCAAAGAGUUUCUGUUCGCGUGUUAUUGCAUCGCUUUUGUCUUUUCGUUUUCGAGUGUUAAAGAGAAAACUUGAACCGCUCUUUCGAUCGUUGCCAGACAAUGUACAAGACGUUACAAAAUCGAACCGACUAAAAACGUAACAUUGCACCAAUCGAGUUUCAACGAAGAAUAAACAACUACACGCGCGUAAUUGUUUCUGAUCUGAAUUUUUGUUACAAAUGCAAAUCGCUGUGUUACGAGAAUAUGUACAACUGAAAGUAAGCAGGAAUGUUUCUGAGAUGUACGAUUCGAACUCCUUGUUUCGACGCGUGUUCCACGUUGAUAAAAUAGGGAAGAAAGUACUCUGGCCGUGAAAUUAUUACUGCAACGAUUUGCUAUUUGUAUGAAUCUAUGUCUGUAUCGUUAAGAACAAAAAUACUAUUGAUCGAAAUUGCUCGAACGUACAACUUAUUGAAUAAUUUCUUGUCCGAAAUGAUACUUAAAAUAUCAUCGUAAUUCUUUCCUUGUUUAAAUUAUUUCCGAAAACUAAUUCCGUAUAAAAUACCUUUCGCGUUUCAUUGUUCAUGAUGCUUCGAUAAAAAAAAUGUUUAACGUUAAAGGAAAAUAACAAUGAUUCUUAAUAAAUUAUACCUUGAACCUAAGACACGUUAAAAAAAGGUAAGCUUUAUCAAAAAGUAUAUACUCAAAAAAAUUUGUAAGACUAUCGAGGUAAUGUAAAAGAAAGAGUAAAGAAGUAAAAACAAAA